UUUGCAGGAGCAAACUGCUAAGCGAGAUUCCUGAUGCCAAAGACUGACAGGCAGGUCUUGAAGAAAUUCGGACAACGAAAUGUGCCAUCAUACGGUCAGAUAAGAAGAUUACUGCUAGCGUGAUCAAAUGCAAGGUGUCUGGCAUACGCAUAUAAGUAAAAGUUUAUUGCAGACAAACCUAUUUCGUCCACGAGGCAGGCGAUACUGAAAGAGGAUAUGGGCCACGGAUGCGAGGCAGCAUGUCGUAGACUGGCAGGUAGAAGUAUUCACGUUCACAUCGAAGUUCAUUCAUUCUCUACAUUCGAUGGAUUGGUCCAUCCUAACAAGGAUUUAGGUGAUGACACCUUUGACUUUACUGCGACGGAUUUUUUCUGACUAGAUUAGUGCCCGUAACUUUUCUGCUCGACACACAAAUUCAAAUUUCACCGGAGACGCAUUAUGGGCCGAAAUGCAAGUUUUGACCCAACCCUGUUCCCGACGCUGCUGUAUCACAUGUAUUAUGCCCUCCUUCUUCUGGGGACUUACAUGGAUUCAAGCUUUUUCUGCUUCGUAUAUCUGAUUUUAUAUUCGGUGUUCUUAUCUUACCAUCGAUCCCAACUUUUUUUUCCGUGUACUAUUUCCUCAAAUGUGGAAAAGGAGAAGCAUUUGCAUCCAAGUUGAAGCCGUAUAUACUAUCUUGUUGACUUAACAAUUCAGAUAUAUUCCAGCCGAGCCGGCUGCUAUAUAAUAUCAACAGAAUAA